AUGCCGAUGAAGGAAGUGAUGGUGAUGGAUAAGGUGAUGGUGAUGAAGGUGAUGGUGAUGAAGAGGGUGGUGAUGAAGGUGAUGGCAAUGAAGGUGAUGGUGGUGAUGGCGCCUCCAUCUGUAAGGACUGGACAUGCCCCAGGUAGGGGACUGGACAUUCCCCAGGUGUCGCUGGUAGUGAACCACCGCAUGCCCAACUGCAGCAAAACGUACAUCCACCGCGUGGGGCGGACGGCGCGGGCGGGGCGCGGGGGCACCGCCCUCACCAUCCUCACCCCCGAGGACCAGCACCUACUACUAGCACUAGAGGCCCGCAACCCUUGUAAACUAGUCAACUAUAAGACGGACUCAGUGUUGGUGCGGCGGCUGCUGAAGCAGGUGAACGCGACGCGGCGGGGGGCGGAGCUGCGGCUGGAGGAGGGGGGUUCGCUGAGAAGAUCAUACACAGGAGGAAGCAGCUGCAUUGCCCGGGGGCUGGACCCCGACGAAGAAUGUCGCCUGCUGGAGGAGCGCAUCAGGCGAGGGCAGCAGCGCCGCCGUCUGCGGUUCCUGAAGGCCCACGGGGAGCUGGGGCCCGUGGCCCACGGGGACCAGAGUCACGGAGACGACCUGCUGGGCCUCACGGCCAAGGCCAAGGAAAAGGCCAUCAUCAAGAGAAGGCCUAAGGUCCUCGCCAAAGAUCUCAAGGAUGAAGAUAAGAACCAGAAAGUGAAAGCCAGAUGUGGCCUUAAUGGCCAGAAUUUACAGGCCAGAAGUGGCUUUAAUGGCCAGAAUUUUGAGGCCAGUAGUGGCCUUAAAGGCCAAAAUUUACAGGCCAAAAGUGGCCUUGAUGGCCAAAAUUUAAAAGCCAGAAGUAGCCUUAAAGGUCAGAAAGUGAAGGCCAAAAUUGACCUUAAAAAAAAGAACGUAAAAUCUAAUUUGAAAAGAAAAAGAACUGAAGUUUGA